AUGUCCUACGCAUCUGUCGCUUCGCAUAACAUUCCCUUUGGGGAGAUGCCCAAGCCCGAUCCACAUCUCGCAGACGGUGCUACUUCCAGCAGCAGUGACAGCAAUAGUCAUCCAACGUUUGAUUCCAAGAUCAACGUCCUUCCACCGGGAUCAGAUCCAAAUCACCCAGACUACCACCCUACUGGUCAAGCUCCCCCUGAACCAGUGACUCUCCAUCCGGCAGACUCGUAUCAACCUCACACUUCCGACUCGGCUCCUACUCCUCUACCUGCACCUCACAAGAAAGAUAUCAACAUGCCCGAAUCAGGUGAAAGCUGGCAAAACAAGGGAAAGAAGAUGGGACGAAAGGCCGGAGACGAACUCGACCACGCCGAAGGUGCCGCCGCUCAAUACUGGGAGAAGACCAAGGACGUCGUUCUCCGACCUGGAACCCUUGGAGGAUUGAUGGGAGUCGUCAACGUCGGUAUUCUCGGAACCCUCGGAUACUACGCCUAUACCCGCAGAGACCAGCCUUGGGACAGACGGAUUGUCGGAGGAGCCGUCGCUGGAACUUUGGCCCUCUUCGGAGCUGAGGGAUACGUUGCCGAUUCUUACCUCGACACUGCCGAGGGCCGAGCUGAGGCUGAGCGAGCCAAGAGAGAAGGAUCUCGAGCCUACCUCCGGGCCAAGGAAGUCAUUCUCCGACCUGGUGUCUUUGGUGGUCUUGCUGGAAUCUUGAACCUCGGUGUCCUCGGAACUCUCGGAUACUACGCCUAUGAGAACUGGCACAGACACUGGGAUCGACGAACGCUGUCUUACAUUGCCGUCGGACUCUUGACCCUCAGUGGGUUGGAAGGAUGGGCCGGAAAGGAGUACGCCGACCACGAGCUCCCCAAGCGACAGUAG